CAGAACACAAAAGUUUAGCAUAAAACACGGAUGAUGUGCAGAUGAGAUGAUUCACACUGAAGAUGCAGCAGUUUGAUAUUCAUAGACAUGUUCAUCUGUGUGUUUUUACUUCCUCUUUCUGUAUCAUUGCCUCUUAGUUAUGUAUUAACUGUAGUGUAAAUGCAGCUUAGAUUUGUAGUUUUCUAAAAAUCUAAUAACAGUGACUUCUGAAACGUGCUUUUUGUUAAGUAUUUCACACAAAUCUGCAGAAGCACAUCAUCUCCACACAAAGCAUCAAAGCAUCAGAACUCAUUCACAGAAUGUGUGAUGAAUGAAACUUCCUGGAAGUGUUUAGCUGGUUGCUGUGAUGUUCUCAGCGGUUGUUUACUGAGCCUGUCAGCAGAAGACUUCAUGUGUUACUCUGACUGAAUGGCGAUGAGACUCAUUGUGGUUUUGGUUUCCUUUUUAUUUUUAGUUCAGCAGUUGUGCACAAAUCUUUACAAACCUCGUCACUACAUCAUUAUUAUAUGUGCAGUUAUUGACAAAUAAAUGCAUUACAUCAUUUAACGCUUUAUGAAAAUGUCACACUCCUACAUUUGUGUAUGCCCGUGUGACGUUUCAUUUGUAGAUGUUUUCUAGCACAUGUAUGUAGUUGAUGGUGUUAUAGAGGAAGUGUUUGAGUGUUUAACACAGUGUGUUUGUUGAAGUGUGUCAUCAGUAGAUCAGUAUGGAGUUCAGUUCUCUUCUUCUAGUGCUCUUGUUGAUUUCAACCAUCCACUCUAAAGAACCUGCAGAUAUGGAUGAGUGUCGUGAGACUCCUAAACCGUGUGUUAAUGGACACUGUGUGAAUACUGAAGGUAGCUACAGAUGUGAGUGUCGGUCUGGCUUCAGACUGGAUGGAAACAUCUGCAGAGGUACAGUAUACAGUGCAUGUGUAACGCAGUUACUCCACACAGGAUGAUUAAAACUAAAAACUUUAAUAUAAACCAUAAAACGAAGAAAACACGAGGAGAGCAAGAACUUGGAAGGAGCA